GUGGAUAUGCGAAAUAAUGGUGAACGAUAUACGCGUUCUGAUUUAUAUACGGCUAUUUGCAGUGAAACGUAAACAAUUCUUGAAGCUACACUGCCUAACGUAGGAAUGGAACGACUUUGGUUCAGUUUGGAUUGGCUUUCAACCAGUUUCGGGAUAACGUAAGCGGUAGCUGUAUGUGUUUGCAGUGGCGGGGUGUUGGCAGCAAGGAAGGUUUUGCCUAACAUGGCUGCAACGCAAGCUGGAAGCCAACAAAAUGAAGUAAAACGUGAGCAAGUGCAAAAUGAUCAACCUCCAGAUUUAAGUAACAGUGUGCUCCAAAAUGGUACAGAGAAGAAUGGUGGACGCGGAAUAACUGGAACUGAUAGCUUAGUGAGUACGAAAACAAAAGCAUCCGGUCAAAACAGUCUCGCCGUUGAGAUGAGUCAAUAUCGACAGGAGUCAGGUACAGGACCUCCUAUUCACAACAGUUCUGGUAAUGGUGAACAAAAUUCAGGCGUAUCGUCUGUAGAUAAUAACAAAGUUAAUACUGACAGUAAGUCUUUCGCAUCGAGUGCAGAACAGUGUGUGAUUAGUGAUCCGACGUAUGGCAAAGGUUCAGACAACAACAGCCAGAAUUUGCAGAGUUUUGGUUUAGGUUUUAGUGCAAGAGGUAAUUACCACCCUGAUCAGCAUGGUGCAAGUAAUACGGUGCAAAACAGUAGUGAUACUAGUAGUUUACAACAAAACCCAUUUAGUCAGUUUAACACUCAAAUAAGGCAAAGUUAUCAAGGUUCCAAGCUAAUGCAGACUGGACUAAUGCAUCCGUCACGACCUGCAAGUGUUGGACCCAUAAUGACUGGACACAGUGGCAGUUACCAGCAACAACAGCAGCAUCAACAGAGGUACCAGUCAGGACAAGGCAUAUCUCAGCCUACUGGACCAACACCUACGUUAAAUCAGCUGCUGCAGUCGUCUAACCCAGUGCAUCGGUAUCAGAACAGUUUUGGCGAUUAUCGAAUGUCAAAAUCAAAUGAACACGGAGCUGUCAACGUGCCAUACAAUCAGCCAGCAACACCAGCCUCAUCAUGGUCUCCUAGUCGGCCAGCAGCAUCGUACAGCCCACACCCUCAGCAGUCAGCAACUCCCAUACCUCCAGUGAUAACUAUGUACUCGUCGCAGGUGCGCGACUCGCUGGGCCAGCUGCACGUGGCGCACUACGCUGACGACCUGGGCGUGCUGGAGGAGCGGCGGACGCGCACGCCGCAGCCGCCGGGCCCCGGCCCCGGCGCCGCCCCCGGGCCCACGGCCGCCUGGCGCAAGGCGCGCCCGCCGCAGCCCCCGCAGCCGCCGCCCCCGCAGCAGCAGCGCUCCCCGCAGCCGCAGACGGCGCCCUCUCCGGGACAGGCGAACUGUCCGUACCGGCCGCAGCCGCCCUCUACGCCGAACGCGCACGCUCCGGAUGCUGCGGAUCUGACUGGGCAGAAUAGCAAUGACAGCUCAAGCGGUCCAGCACCGGGCACGCCCAAUUCUCAGGGUAUGAGACCCACUCCAUCGCCGACUGGCUCCACAGGCUCCCGCUCAAUGUCCCCAGCUGUCGGCCAACAAAACAUUCCGAUGCCUCCUCGGCCUUCGAGCGGGCAGUCUGAUGGAAGUGGACCUACUCGUAUGAGUCAUUCACCGAUGGCAGCUCAGGGGAACUAUCAGCAACCAUUGGCUCCUCCAUCACAUCUGCAUGGAUAUAAACUUCCUGGCCAACAAAUGGGUCCUUAUGCGCCACAGGGUCAGCAGUAUCCUCAAGGUAGCUUCAACCAGAGGCCACCGGGACAGAUGGGCAGUGUGCAGUACACUCAGAGCUAUGGUCCAGGCAGUCAACAAAACCCACAGGCCAACAGUAUGAAUCCUGGGCAGUAUAGCAGUCGUGCAGUGCCAAAUCAUGUACCACAUCCACAGUUUGGUGGAUACCAGGGAUGGGGUGGACCAGGUUUGAAUCAGCCACCAAAUAUGAUGGGUGGCCCAGGAUCACAGAUGGUUGCAAAAAGUGGUGGGCCACAGUCUGGUGUCCCUACACAAGCUGCCAAUACUGGUUCUGGACCACGACCACAUACCCCUCCACAUUAUCUCAAGCAACAUCUCCAGGUAACACAGCACAAGAUGGGAUUCAGCUCUUCUGUGCCUGGCAUGCCACCAUCACCAGCGGGUCUCCAGGGCUACGGUGGAGCUUCUGCUGCAGGUCUCGGACCUGGUCCCGGUAGUGGUCCUGCCUCACACCACCAUGGUGUUACUAGUAUGGGUCCUCCCACCCACCAUCCCGGGAUGGGACCACCACCUCCGAGCAUGGGACCUCCUCCGGGAAUGGCUCCACCACCAGUAUCGGGAGGGCCUGCUCCUCCGCCACCCCCAGCACCAUCUGUUGCUGCAGGUGCUCCAUCGCCGUUGCCUAAUAGCCAUCAUGAUGCCCCGAUGCCUCCGCCUGCACCUUCAGCAAAUUCUCAUCCGGCACCUGUCGAUGUUGCAGAACCUACCCAUGACAAUGGUCUCCCAGUUUCCACUGCGUCAACAUUGCAAUUAUCUGAAGUUACAGGCACAACAACGGUAAAUGUUACUGCUGCUGCCUCAGGCUCUGUGACUUCAGUAGUAACGACUGGUCCUGAUGGUACACCUCUGGAUGAAGGAUCACAGCAAUCAACUUUAUCCAAUGCUUCGGCAGCAUCAGGUGAAGAUCCGAGCUGCACACCAAAAUCUCGUAAGGACGGAUCAGUGGUCGGAAACUCUGGAGGCUAUCAUAGUCAUCCCCCAACACCACAGAGCACAGUGGCAUCACCUGGUGCAGCAAGUCUCAAUUCAAUGCAUGAAGAGUAUGGUGAUGUCAAUAGUCCCAGUUGGCCCAGAACGCCUGCCAGCCCUAAACCAGACAGCCUGUGCAAACUGUAUGAGAUGGAUGAAAACCACGAACGACGCAUGUGGCUUGACAAACUGCUGCAGUUCAUGGAGGAGCGUGGAACACCUAUCUCAGCAUGUCCCACCAUCUCCAAGAAUCCUCUCGAUCUCUAUCGGUUGUAUGCUUACGUCAAGGAAAGAGGGGGCUUCAUGGAGGUAUGCAAGGUCACAAAAAACAAAACCUGGAAAGACAUUGCAGGGCUUUUAGGCAUCGGAGCAUCUUCAAGUGCUGCAUAUACACUUCGGAAGCAUUACACAAAAAACCUUUUGGCCUUCGAAUGUCACUUUGACCGUGGAGGUAUAGACCCACAACCAAUUAUAAAUCAAGUGGAAUCUACUUCGAAGAAGAAGAUGACCAAGACAUCAUCAGUUCCAUCUCCAGGCUCAUCAAAUUCACAGGAUUCAUUUCCAGCAGCUGGUUCAAGUGGAGCAUCCAUGGAUGGAUAUAGUUACGGUUACCCACCAGGAAGCACACCUGAUUACAGUUCUCCACCAAUGCAAAGGCCUUCCUCCCAAACAAAUGCCCCUUCGCCCCACCCGGGUGUGGGGGUGCCGACGCAAGGUGCGGGGGAUAACAUUAGCGUUUCCAACCCUUUUGACGACGUGGCGACUGGGCAGAGGCCCAAUCCUUACUGCCCUUCUGGAGGCCCCUCUCGUCCCCAAGGAAUUCAGCAAGGCUAUCAAGGCCAGUCCGGGUACUCUCAGUACCCGGAUCAGUAUCCCCAUAGUCGUGGACAACCAACAAAUAUGGGGCAGGAAUUCAAUCAGCAGUACUCUCCCAGCAGCUCAUAUCCACCUGCUCGGCCUAUGUAUCCUCCCUACGCUUCUGAGGCUGAAAGGAGUUAUGGACAAGGUAGUGGGACGCAGCAGUCGGCUGGUGGUCAAGAUCCCUUUGGACACAACCGGUACGGGGGGCCCAGCCAGCCACCUGGCUAUCCUUCACGUACUGGCUAUCCUGCUCCACCUACGGGACCACCAGCACAGCAACCCACAGGGUAUCCACCACAGCAAGACUAUUACCGUCAAGAUCCGGUAUAUUCUGGUCAACAAGCAGCUACUGCAACUGGCCCAGGUGGUCAGAUGUAUCCUGGAAGCCCUCAUAGUAAAUCAAUGCCGCCUCCAGCUCCACAGACCCCUAGAAGGCAUCCAGAUUUUGCAAAAGACCCACAGCAGUCUCCUUAUCCACCAUAUAGUCAACAAAGGCCUUCUAUAUACGGCUGGAGUAGUGGUAACACUCAGUAUCGGGCACAGUACCCUCCACAAGGACCUGUCCCACAAGGGCCUCCACAGUGGAACCAAAAUGCUCAACGAGCUGGUGGUCCUGUGCCUGGUCAGCCAGCUAACAGCCAGUGGGACCAGCACCGCUACCAAGCUAGUGGACAGUCACCGUAUCAGCCUCCACAACAGGCACAGCAGCAGUGGGUUCCAAGUAUGCAGACUCCUGGUAUUAAUCAAAACUCACUCCUAAGACCACCGAUGGUUAGCCCACGUGCUCCGUUCCGACCGGAAGGAAAGCCGUAUUCGAUGCAGCAACUACCAGGUUCAAAGGCACAGCCACCUGGGAUGAAUAAUGCGCAGGUCUACCAACAACAGAGUGCCCCAAAGCGAGAGAUCGUUUUCCCUCCAGAAAGUGUGGAAGCAACAUUGCCUGUUUUGUAUAAACGCAAGCGGAUGACACGAGGGGAUGUAGCACCUGUAGAAGCGUGGAGGCUUAUGAUGAGUCUGCGCUCUGGUCUACUGGCAGAGAGUGCUUGGGCUCUGGAUAUUCUCAACAUCCUUUUGUUUGAUGAUACCACAGUUGCAUAUUUUGGACUAGCCCACAUGCCAGGACUCCUUGAUGUGCUGUUGGAGCAUUUCAGACGCAGUUUAGCUGACAUGUUUGACUCGCCUCUUCCAGAUUCUGGGAAGAAGUGGUUCCAGGCACCAAAGGUGGAAACGCCGGAAGUGGACCUAGGGCAAGUUAGAGUGCCAGUUGAUCCUGCAGAUCACAUCACAUUAAUGAAAUCGACACCAAAUUAUACUCUUGUGACUAGAAAGGGUGAGGUAGUUCGAAUUGUGAACAAAGAUAAUGAGAUUUUUGUUGUGGAUGAUCGGAAGAGCUGGGACAUUGAAGGUGACUUGGCAGAAAACGAUGAUGUGGUUCAAGACCCGUGGCAGUUGACCUCUUCAGACAUCAGUUCGACGAAGUACAUUGUGUCAUGUUUCCAAGGAGAGUUCGGUAAUGUUCCAUUUGCGAGACUGCUCGAUGACAGUAAGACUGUAGGUGCCGAAGAGGAAGAAGAUUGUCGGACAAAAGUAAGUGAAGAAGAAUUGUAUCCCAUUGAAAACUUGAGUGUAACUCCUCCUAUAGUGCUAAAAGUGGAAUGUAGUGAUGACAACGGUGUUAUUGAUAGUUCGAGCAGUGCAUCUAAUGUGAUACUUAAUGAGGAACAUUUGAGUAAAGACAGCUCCUUCGUAGAUGUGCAGGAUAGUGAUGAAGUGAAACGGACUAAAACUAUUUUGAGUGAUGUGUUUUCGCGGAUAAAAAAGGAAAAUACGGAAGAAAAUUCAUUGCUGCCUGAACACUGCGUAGACCCCUUAGAGCCUCCUAAAGAAACUGUAGAAGUGAAAAAGGAAGCAAACUGUGUCGAAAGUGAGAGCAGUAGUAAUAAUGAAAGGGAGUUGCCGCAUUCUCCAAGUGUACCAAAGGAUAUUGAAACAAAGAGUGAUAAUGCUGUAUCAGAAACUAGUGACACAAAUAAUUUUAGCAGCAGUAACAUAAAAACAGAACAUACAAACAACGACAAUAGUUCCAAUAGCAAUGAGAGUAGUAUAUUCAACAUAAGCAAAGGUGAUAACUGUAACAGCACAACACCGAAUGAAUCCAGUUGCGAUUAUAAGAUCAAAGAAGGUGUUGAAAGUGAAAUUAUUGCCAGUGAAGAAAACAGUGAAGGUAAUGAAAGUGCUGGAAAUGCUGCUGAAGGAACUAGCCUUAACAAUUGCGAAUGUUUAGAAAGCAAUGAAAGUAGUAAUGGCAACAACAGUUGUGACGAAACUGUAAAAGAACACGAAGAAACGGAAACAGAAAUGGAACAAGAUGUGUUCCUCGAAGGUUCUGAACAUGAAGGAAAAGACAUAAAAAUGGAAGAUGACUAUGGUGACGAAGUUGAAGAAAAGUCAAAAGUAACAGAUGUGAGACCAGAGAUAAAGGGAGAAAACAGGGGCGGCAUACAAAUAAGGGAUCCUGCGGGAACGUUGAAAAGAAGACGUAUGUCAGAUUAUGAAGACGAAUGUUACGCGAGAGAUGAAGCGAGCCUUUACCUUGUUACUGAUACACAGGAUGCAAAGGCAAGGCGUUGUGUUUGUCUUUCAAAUAUUUUGAGGAAUCUGACAUUUGUCCCUGGCAAUGAAGCAGAGUUUGCCAAAAAUGUUACAUUCCUUGGUUUGUUGGGGAAGCUUUUACUCUUACACCACGAACAUCCUCCUCGUGCACAGAAACAGCGCAAUUAUGACCGUGAAGAAGAUGCUGACUUUGCGGAUUCUUGUAGCAGUUUACAAGGUGAAGCGGAAUGGUGGUGGGACUUCUUGCACCAUGUGCGCGAAAAUGUGUUGGUGACAGCGGCUAAUAUUGCCGGUCAUAUGGACCUCGGUCAACAUCCUGAGGAAGUGUCGCGGCCCGUAAUUGAUGGACUUCUUCACUGGGCAGUUUGUCCAGCUGCUCAUGGUCAGGACCCAUUUCCAGGAUCUUCAGGCUCGUUGUCACCCCAGCGCCUCGCACUGGAAGCUCUGUGCAAAUUGUGCGUAACGGACUCUAAUGUAGAUCUGGUUGUAGCUACGCCACCCUACUCCCGUUUGGAACGUCUGUGUGCUGUGCUGACACGACUUCUGUGCCGUUCAGAAGAGCAAGUGCUACGAGAGUUUGCAGUGAAUAUGCUGCACUACCUGGCCGCGGCGGACAGUGGUGUGGCACGUACUGUUGCACUGCAGAGCCCGUGUGUGUCCUUGCUAGUAGCAUUCAUCGAGCAGGCGGAAGCUACUGCAUUAGGGGUAGCCAAUCAGCAUGGUAUCGGUGCACUUAGAGACAAUCCAGAUGCUAUGGGAACCAGUCUGGAUAUGCUGAGGCGUGCGGCUGGUACAUUACUCCAUCUGGCACGACAUCCUGAAAACCGGCCGCUCUUCCUGCAGCAAGAACAGCGUCUGUUAUCCCUCGUCAUGAGCCAGAUCCUCGAUCAGCAAGUGGCAGCUGUAAUCUCCAGUGUUCUUUUCCAGUGCUCACGGCCCUCUUCGUAGCAUGCACAGCAGUUGUAGACAACUAAGUGGUGAAACUGGCACGGAUGUUUCCUUCUCUUGUGAUUUUUGCUGGAACAUAUUGUGAGAGGUGACUUUUGAGUCUGAAUGUAAUGAGGACUGAGUUUCCGGUUCGUCAGUCCUUUAUUCCUUUCUUUUAUGCCUUGCCGAAAUGGUGUUAGUUAAAUGUACAGUUAGUUAUGAGUGAAGUGGAAGUACAUGUUUGUUUACAGGAGGAAGUCGGCUGAUGUUGAUAUUAUGUACAAACAGUCAGACUGUCUUUGAUUAGAUUUAAUAGAUAUAAAUAAAUAAAUACAAAUAUAUAUAUAUAUAAUCUAUAUGUAUAUGUAUAUAUAUGUAUACUUAUACAUAUAACUAUACAUGAAAUAUAGAUACAGUAAAUACCAAACAGUUACGUAGUCUUGCAGCGAAACGGUUGCUACAGCAGUAACACGAGUGGGGCAGUAACUGAGAAUUACCAGAUGAGACUGAUGGUGCCACUUCCAGCAUUCACCAAUAUCUGUUACGAGUCGGAAAUUUAUUUUGUAUUUAUCAUCAGAUGUGGUUGGAUGUGAAUGAAUGUGGAAGUUCUGUUAUCUAGAGCUAUGUGUCGACUGUCUUAUUAGCGUAGGGCCAUUGCUACAAAUGCUGUUGAGGGACAGUGGAAUAAUAUUAAAUACCAGAAUACACAUUAAGUAAUCAUGCAUAUAGUUAAGUAAACUGAAUUAGAUUCUUUAGAAUACAACACAAAAUUGAGUCUAAGAAACAUGACUUUGAGUGCAGGAAGUUAAGGUGCCACCACUGCCGUGUUACUUGUGGAACAGGUGAAAGUAAGUGUGUCUAAUUAUUUACUUUGAUGUGUGGAAGUGACGUGGGGUGUAACAUAAUUGAGAAAAGAUUGUUAUAAACAUUUUCUUUCUAAACACGCCCUUGAAAUCUGUUCAUUGAUACCCAUUGGAUAAAAAAUGUAUAGCCCAUUUUAUCCUACUGAUGGCUGAUUUUCAUCCCUCAUACUAAGACCUCUUGUGGUCAUGCUAAGUACCUUUCCCUUUCCUUACUUUCAUAUUGGUAUUACUGUGCAAAUGCUUUAUAUAUGUCUGAACAAGUCAGAAAUAAAUGUACAUAAGGAGUACUAAGGCAAUUGUUAUCAUUCCUCCUUGGUGUGCCUGUUAGGUGGAUGGCUAGUAAAUGUAGUAGACUGAGGGACCUAUCACAUUAUUUAUAAUUUAUUUUUUUUUACACUGUUAUCUACAUGUUAAAGUGUGCUUCAAAAUUUCUUUUGCUUACUUGUAAGCUCCCUUUUCUACAAAUAAUUGAGAUACAUAGUAUCCAUUUGUGGUGGUCUCAUUGUAUUUUCUAUUCAUUCUGUUUGUUUCUCACUGGCUACAAAAUUAGAUUGUCUUGAGUGUACUUACUCUCCACAAUUUCUUCUCUCUGAUUAGUUGUACUUGGUUUCUAAUACUUCAGUUUGCUCAGUAUUAAAAGCAGAAGCAGAAUGUGCUGUAUUGAUUCAAAAAAUAAAAACUGAAGUAUUAAAAUGACCCUUAGUAAGUAUUUUCUACAUUUUUGAGAGUAUUGUUUCCUUCUGUGCAUCUUGUCUUAACUGUUUCCUUUGUCUGAUGCUUCUCCCAUGUCUCCUUUAUGCAUGUGUUGCAUCUGUUGAAUAUUUCAGAAUGAGUGGUGGUUUGACACACUUUUAAGAUGAAAAUUGUUAGCACAAAAUUUGUACAUUAUUUAUUUAAUGUUUUCAUUAGUUAAUGUAUCUGUGGUCUCGUGUUCAUUUUAUUAGUUGUAUGUAUGUGUAUAUAUUGGACGUUUUGCUGGAAGGCUUCCUCUAUACAAUUGCAGAACUUCAUAGAGACAUCUUCCGUGUGAUGUGUUGAGAGUAAACAGUGGAAAAGUUAUAUGCUUGUCAUUUUAAGUUGCUGUGAUUUUUUUUUUGUCAUCCUACUACCCUUAUAAUCUCCUCCACAUGAUUAAGUAUUUUGUCAUUUGUAUACUUUUUUAAAAAAUGAAGAAAAGGAAGAAACAUGUUUGAUAUGAGAUACUCAAGUUCUUGACAAGGUUGUUGUCAAAAAUAUUUGCUACAAAUUUUAUAUUUAUGGCUUCUGAUAUACUCAUAAUUGUUGUCUCGGUAGUAAUUCCCUGGCACCUUGUAUUAAAAGGCUAUGCUAUUA